UAAUUUUUCUCUCUCUCUCUCUCUCAUUCUCGCUCUUUGGGAUCGAGUAGACCCAGUUCCAGCUCCCUCCUCUUCCUCCUAUUUUCUUGUUGAUUAUUACAGCAAACUCAGAAAAACACAGCAUCCCAGGAAGCUGUAUGUUCUUAUAUUUCGGAUAGAUAUAAAGGAAGAAAGGAGAGAGAAGAAUAAUGGAAGGUUUUAAGAUGAACAGCAACAGCACUACGACUGCGGCUACGAAAGGGAAGAAGGAUGAGCUUUAUCAUGUUAUUCACAAGGUGCCUUCUGGUGAUACUCCUUAUGUUAGAGCCAAGCAUGCUCAGCUUGUUGAAAAGGAUCCAGAGGCUGCAAUUGUGUUGUUUUGGAAGGCAAUAAACGCAGGAGAUAGAGUAGACAGUGCCCUAAAGGAUAUGGCUGUGGUGAUGAAGCAAUUAGACAGAACUGAAGAAGCCAUUGAAGCUGUCAAGUCCUUCAGAGGCCUUUGCUCUAAACAAGCACAAGACUCGCUUGAUAAUGUUCUCAUCGACUUGUACAAAAAAUGUGGGAAAAUCGAGGAACAGAUUGACUUGCUCAAGAGGAAGCUGAGGUUGAUAUACCAAGGAGCAGCCUUCAAUGGCAGACCGACUAAGACUGCACGCUCUCAUGGGAAGAAGUUCCAAGUCUCUGUUAAGCAAGAAACCUCCAGAUUAUUGGGAAAUUUGGGUUGGGCAUACAUGCAGAAAGGAAACUAUAUGAUGGCAGAGGUAGUGUAUCGAAAAGCUCAGAUGAUCGAUCCUGACUCCAAUAAGGCAUGCAACUUGGGACUCUGCCUGAUCAAACAGGGCCGCUAUGAAGAUGCUCAGUUAGUUCUUGAGGAUGUAUUGCAAAGUCGACUUCCGGGUGCGGAUGAGACUAAGUCGAGGAGAAGGGCACAUGAACUGCUAAUGGAAUUGAGGUCCAUACAUGAUGAUCUACCUGAAUCACUGGACUUGUUGGCGCUAGAUGAUGAUUUUGUAAAGGGGCUUGAGCAGUUGAUGAAUGAAUGGGGUCCUUUUAGAUCCAAGAGGCUCCCCAUCUUCGAAGAAAUCUCUCAAUUCAGAGAUCAAAUGGUCUGGACCUGAGGUGAGGCCCAAGAGGGGGCCGUCUAAGGCCCAAAAAGAUUGGGGGCACCAAUUUUUUUUACUUGUAUGUAUACAUAUAUAAAAUUUCAUAAAAAGAAAAACUAAAAACCCUUAAUCUUCCCCUUCUUUCUUGACUUCUGAAUUCUCGCGUAAUCUACUCAUUCUCA